CUUCUCAUUAUAACCAUCAUCAUCACCCAUUUCUACCUGCAUGAUCAUCAUCACUCUCUUUCCUCCAAACCAUUAACCCCUUUCUUUCCCUUUUAUUUUUCUUUUCCCCUUCCAUCCCAACAAUUCACCCUUUCAACACCAUGCUUUAAACUUGUCCAAAACCCUAAUCCACCCCUUUCCCCAUCUUAUUUUCUCUCUCACACACACUUUCUCUCUCUUCUUGUUAUAUCACCCCUUGAAGAGACAACAAACAUGGACCUAACCUCCAUCAGUACCCACAACACAAACACAACACAAACCUUAGAUGCUGCUAAUACUACUACUAAAACCACCCCACCAACGCCAAUCCCCACCACCACCCCAAAGUCUCUAUCUUUCGCCAACGGCACACUCAAGCGCCAUCCCACCACCACCGUUGCUCAGCCGCCGUCCAUGGUGGUUUCCUACAAAGAAUGCCUCAAAAACCACGCCGCCAGCAUCGGCGGCCAUGCUCUCGACGGCUGCGGCGAGUUCAUGCUGUCUUCUUCCACCGUCCCCUCCGACCCCCGCUCCCUAAAAUGCGCCGCGUGCGGCUGCCAUCGCAACUUCCACCGCCGCGAACCCCAAGAAAACAACCUCAACAACAACCUUAAAAACAACAACCCCACAUUUUUAAACUGUAUCUAUACCCUAUCAGCGCCAGCACCACUCUCACACCGAGCCAUGAGCCAAAGCACAUCACCGAGCCUGAGUUCAAGCCCGAGCCACAGCCAGAGCCCGAUAUCUAGCCCAUCACCGCCGCCACUCUCGCACGUGCCACCCUACCACGCUUCUGCACCUCACAUGCUUCUAGCCCUCGGCAGUGCCUAUUCUGCCGAACCCUCCGACGAACACCACCACCACCAACAACAACAACACAAAAGCUUCAAUUUGUCGAUGAUGAGGAGCGAGAACCCCACCAAGAAGAGGUACAGGACCAAGUUCAGCAAGGAGCAGAAGGAGAAGAUGCAUAGCUUCUCAGAGAAAUUGGGGUGGAGAAUGCAGAAAGGGGAUGACGGGUUGGUCCAAGAGUUUUGCAAUGACAUUGGGGUCUCAAGAGGGGUCUUCAAAGUGUGGAUGCAUAACAAUAAGAACACUUUUAGGAAGAAAUCUGAAGAUGGAAAUGGAAAUGCAAAUGCUCCUCAAAGUAAUGAUGAUGACAAUGCCAAUGGUGGUGGAGGAGGAUUUGAUAGUGAUAUCAACAACCCCUACAACCCAAAUAGCAACAACAACGAUAUUCACAUGAAAGAAGUAGAGGAUGCGUGUGUGAACAAUGUUGUUCAUGUUUCUCUUAAUGAGAUGUCAUCUUAGCUUAGCCUUUUUUUUUUGGUCAAGAAAUUACGUAGUUAUUUGAUGGGAAAUGAAGCUUGAAGCAGGAAGCUCAUGAUCAUUGGUUUGAUAAUUUUUGUUAAUUACCAUCUUUUUGGGUCUUUUUCCUUAUUCUUCUUUUCGGAGAAUCAGAUAUAGGAAAAUCCAAGUGCCUUAGGUUCAACAUAAAAUGUCAUAUUAUUAUUAUGUUUAUUUAUGUUCAUAGACUAUGAAAUUUAGUGUCACCAGGUACAUGUUUGAUGAUGGCUCUUAUUGCUGUCACGUUUUCUUCUUGAUAAGUUGCAGGUAUAUAGUUUUAAAGUGAUUUAAUUGUGAAACGUUAAUAUUAUUAA